AUACAAAGGCAUGUGUCACUUGUUUUCUCUCACAUCGUGUAGUGCUGUGGAAUGAGAAAUGUCCCCUGUGGGCACACAUGGUUGAACACUUGGUCCCCAGCUGGCUGGCGGUGCUGUUUGACCAGGUUGCAAAGGCUUUAGAAGGCGGAGUCUUGCCCACUUUCCUGAGCUGAAUCCCUGACCCCAACUUCGAACCCAGAAACCACAGGACUCCGGAAGUGCCCUGAAACGCACGCGAUUAGCCAGCACUACAUCUCCCGGCGUGCCUUGCUCUCAAGUCACUUGCUGUGGCGAGAACUACGUCUCCGGACAGGCCACGGGAGGAGGGGUGCCCGAGACCUGGAAAGCGGCUCUGAACUGCCCGCGAUUUCCCAGUCUAUCAGGUUGCACUUUGAGGAGGAUGGCGCUGUCGCGGGGAGCCAGCAACCCGGACCCGGACUCGGACCCGGACGAUAUCCGGCCUCUCAAGCCGUGUCUGCUGCGCCGCAACCACAACCGCGAUCAGCAUGGCGUGGCAGCCUCCUGCCUCGAGGAGCUGAGGCGCAAAGCUUGCAAAGUACUGGCCAUUGAUGAGUCCCUGACACCAGUCACCCUGGUCCUGGCAGAGGACGGUACAAUAGUGGACGAUGACGACUACUUCCUUUGUCUCCCUUCCAAUACCAAGUUUGUGGCAUUGGCCUGUAAUGAGAAGUGGACGUAUAACAAUUCGGAUGGAGGAACAGCCUGGGUUUCCCAAGAGUCCUUUGAUGCCGACGAAACAGACAGCAGAGCCGGGGUGAAGUGGAAGAAUGUGGCCAGGCUGCUGAAAGAGGACCUGUCCAGCAUCAUCCUGCUCUCAGAAGAGGACCUCCAAGUGCUCAUUGACAUCCCGUGUUCAGAACUGGCUCAGGAGCUUUGCCAAAGCUGUGCCACUGUCCAAAUGCUCCAGAACACGCUCCAGCGAGUGCUUGACCAAAGAGAGGAGGCCCGCCAGUCCAAGCAGCUCCUAGAACUGUAUCUCCGGGCCUUGGAGAAGGAGGGCGCCAUCUUCUCCAACCAGGAAGAGCCCAAAGCCGCCCUCGGUGGAGACGUGGAUGCGGUGGACACGGGCAUCAGCAAAGAGAUGGUUUCCGAAGUGGCACUUACAAGCCAGAUCCUCACUGUGCUGAAGGAGAAGCCUGCCCCAGAGCUGUGCUUAUCUAAUCAGGAUUUGGAGCUGGUCUCCAAGGAGGACCCCAGAGCCCUGGCUGUUGCCUUGAGCGGGGACAUAAAGAAAGCAGAGACAGUCCAGCGGGCCUGCAGAGCGGAGCUCGCCCUGCGCCUGCAGCAAGUGCACAGCUUGCAUUCUCUCAGGAAUGUCUCGGUGAGGAGGGAUCCACUGCCUGAGGAACAGCAGAGCCCCAAACGCGCCAGACAAGACCCCAAGUAGCUCCACCGGAAGCACGCUUUGCUGAGGAAGCCCUUGGUUUUGUUAGCAGUGAACAACCUCCCUUCCCACAGUACUGCCUCAGCGCCGCUCUACCUCCUGCAUUCCAGGAUGCUGUUGUAGCAGAGGUGGCCACGCCCUCCAGAAAGGCCGCUCCGGUCCACACGUGUCCUUCUACGUAGGGGAAGCCCCCCAGCCAAUCACCUUGCUUGUAGGGCGUGGUCCCCUGAGGAUAUUUCUUACUAAUAAAUAUUCCUGGUGUGCUC